GGAUUUCAAAAAAGCCUAAAGUUCCCUUGCUGCACGCUCUGCUACGUUCAACCGGGACUCUCUGCCCCCAUUGCUUUUUGGUGGUUUACUUAUGUCUGGUUGAGCUCGCCGUUGGUCAAAGCACACAACCUCGUGGACACCACCGAAAGAUUAUCCAACAAGCACAUGGCAUCAACAAAAGAAGACAUUGGGGAAAGAGAAGAAAAUCGACGAUCUAAAAUGGUCUCGACCUGCUCUUCCCCGCUUAUCCCGAUCUCAACAGCAAACCAUGGUGGAGGUGAAGAGACGGCUCGCUGAGUACCUUGUUAUUAGUGAACGUGGAAGAGAUCGGAAGAUGCAAAGUUAAUCUCGAUCUCUAAUCGAUGGAAUUAUAAAUUAGAUGAAUUCGAAUUCGUCGGAUUCGGUCUCUGCGGAAGCCCCAUUGCUUUCGGGCUCAGAUGGCUCUGAAGGCCCUGCGAAAGACAUAUCCCCAUCAGUAGAGCGUCGCCUCUACAUAUCUCACUUUCUCUCAACAUGUAAUUCCCGCGUGUUUGAGUUUGGUGCUGUGUUGUAUCUAGCAUCCAUCUUCCCCAAUACCUUGUUGCCGAUGUCAGUCUACGCACUGGCUCGUGGUGCUUCAGCGAUUGUAUUUUCCCCAGCGAUUGGUCAGUAUAUCGAUUCCGGUGAGCGUCUGCAGGUCGUGAGGCUCUCAAUUGUCCUUCAGCGAAUAGCUGUGGCAGCUUCCUGCGUUGUGUUUUGGAUCUUAGCGACGGAAGAGAUAUCCGGGGGCGCAUCGAAGUCAUGGCUAUUGGUGCUCCUUACGGUGUUGGCGUGUGUUGAGAAGCUUUGUUCCAUUAUGAAUCUUAUAUCUGUUGAACGAGACUGGGUUGUUAUCAUUGCUCAGGGUAGUGAGCCAUCGUUACGAGCUCUCAAUGCGCAGAUGCGCCGCAUCGACUUGAUCUGCAAGCUAGCAGGACCAUUUUUUAUAGCCCUUAUCGACGGAGUCUCAACCCAAGUUGCGAUCCUAGUAAACUUAGGAAUGAAUCUUCUAUCAAUUUCGGUCGAAUACUACGCUAUCGCAAAGGUCUAUCAGAUGGUCCCAGCACUACACGCACCAAAAAGAUCGACAGUGGAGGACACAGGGGCUAGUGACGCUCAGCACGGACGGCGGUAUCUUAGAGCACCUCUUACCGUACUGCGAGGCCUGAAAUUUUACUUCCAACACCGAGCCUUUCUACCAUCCUUUUCCUGCGCUCUACUUUACUUCACCGUGCUAUCCUUUUCAGGACAAAUGGUAACAUACCUCCUCUCCAUCGGCUAUAACUCGUUUCACAUCGGUAUCGCGAGGACAAUAUCAGUCGCGUUUGAAAUAUCAGCUACAUGGAUCGCCCCAGCUGUCAUGUCAAAAAUUGGUCCGAUUCGAGCGGGAAUAUGGUUCCUAAGCUGGCAAAUGAUGUCCUUGGCAGCCGCAGCAAGUGGCUUCUGGGGGAUUAGAUCUGAAAUUAUGGCUGCCACCUGCCUUGUUUGCGGUUCAAUUUCUAGCCGUGUAGGACUCUGGGGGUUUGAUCUCUCUGCGCAGAUUAUAGUGCAAGAGGAGGUUGAACCUGACCACAGAGGCUCUUUCUCUUCGAUGGAAGCAUCAUGGCAGAGCACCUUUGAACUUUGUUCGUAUGCUACGACAAUUAUUUUCUCACGACCAGAGCAGUUCCAAUGGCCCGUGUUGAUGAGCUGCGCGGCCGUCUUCACCGGAGGAGGUCUCUACACUAUGUUCGUUAGGUCGAGAAGGGGCCAUCUCUUCCAUUUGCCCCAGUGCAUCGAACCGAAAAGAAGGGGCUCAGUGCCCCCAGGACUUCGUUAUGAGAGGCUCGCUUAGCCGAAUAGGUUUAAAAUCACGCUGUUACCGGCUGGGGUGGGGAUAUUUUGGUCACUAGAGGCUCCAGACGCCAUUUCCACACAUAGAGAGG